AUCGUUUAUCUCGCUUCUCUCGCGAUAACUCGCCUCCGGUCCCUUUACCAGGAACGAGAGAAAAGCCAGUCUGCUAAAUUUCCGACAACGUAACACGGGAAACAUGAGUCUAACUCUCACAAAGGGGGCAGUUGGUGACCUGUACAAAGGCUUACCGGUGAACUGUCCCGUGCUCCAGCUGCUGAACAUCCGUCAGAUCAGUAAUGCCUCGGGCCCUCCCAGGUUCCGGCUCAUGAUGAGCGAUGGUCAGCACUCGUUGUCUUCGUUCCUGCUGGCCACGCAGUUAAACAACCUGCCAGAAGAUAACCUCCUGGUACCGAACUGUGUGUGUGUGCUGAAGAAGACCAUCACCAACACAUUGUCGGACGGCAGGCACGUGGUGAUUGUGAUGGACUUAGACAUAUUGCAGUCAGCUGAGGAAACCGGAGGGAAGAUUGGAAACCCCAUUCCAUAUAACGCAGAUGGUAAGACUUUGUCUCCACAGAAGACGUCAUCGGGCGCCUCUGAACCGGCGUCGCCUCCGUCUCCUCCAGCGCCUGGGCCGUCUUAUAAGAGCAGCAGCGCAGCCGUUUCUUCUCCCAGAGGCCGCGGAAGAGGGUUUGUACCACCCACAACAGCGUCGCCCAUGAGGGCUUCACCCUCAACGUUUUCACCCAACAAAUUUUCACCCAUGAAGGCUUCACCCUCAACAUCUUCACCGAGCAAAUAUUCGCCCAUGAAGGCCUCACCCUCAACGUCUUCACCAUCAAAAUAUUCGCCCAUGAAGGCCUCACCGUCAACGUCUUCACCGAACAAAUUUUCACCCAUGAAGGCUUCACCCUCAACGUCUUCACCGAGCAAAUAUUCGCCAAUGAAGACUUCACCAUCAAAAUUCUCGCCCAUGAAGGCCGCGGGUGCUUCUCCAGGUUCUUCAACGAAAGUGAUGCCUAUUGCUCUCCUCAACCCCUACCAAAGCAAGUGGACUGUCAGAGCCAGAGUCACCAACAAGUCCAGUAUCCGCACCUGGAGUAACUCCAGAGGAGAGGGAAAGCUCUUCUCCUUCGAGAUAUUAGAUGACAGCGGAGAAAUCAAGAUCACCGCCUUCAACAAGGAAGCGGACAAGUUUUUCUCUCUAGUGGAGCAAGGCAAGGUGUACUACAUCUCCAAGGCUACUCUGAAGGUGGCCAACAAGCAGUACACAACGCUGAAGAACGACUACGAGAUGACCCUCCACGCUCACUCAUCCAUUGUGCCGUGCGAUGACAGCCUCGGCAUCCCCGCGGUGCACUGUGACUUCGUGCCCAUCGGCGAGUUGGAAAACAGAGACAAAGACGCGAUAGUUGAUGUGAUUGGAGUAUGCAAGAGCGCAGAGGAUGUAUCCCGUAUCACCACUAAGAACAGCAGAGAAGUCUCCAAGAGGGCCCUUAACCUAAUAGACGCAACUGGCAAAGUGGUGACUGUCACUCUGUGGGGAGAGGAGGCGGAGAAGUUUGACGGCUCUAUGCAGCCCGUGGUUGCCAUCAAAGGAGCUCGCUUGUCUGAUUUUGGGGGCAGAUCUCUCUCUGCUUUGUUCAGCUCUACAGUCAUGGUCAACCCAGACAUACCGGAGGCUUUUGCAGUGAGGGCCUGGUAUGACCACGGAGGCUUUGCACAAGACAGCCAAUCUCUUACACAGACGUGGUCAGCAGGAGGAGGAUCAAGGGUGAAUUGGAAAACGCUGAGCGACGUUAAGGAUGAAGCCAUGGGACACGGAGAGAAGGCGGACUACUUCAGCUGCAUCGCGACUGUGCUGUACACCCGUAAGGAGAACUGUCUGUACCAGGCCUGUCCGUCCGCAGACUGCAACAAGAAGGUCGUGGACCAGCGCAACGGACUGUACCGCUGCGAGAAGUGCAACAGAGAAUUCCCCAACUUCAAAUACAGACUCCUGCUUUCUGCCAACUUGGCAGACUUCGGGGAUAACCAGUGGGUGACAUGCUUCCAGGAGACAGCUGAGGCCCUGCUAGGUCACAGUGCAGAAACGCUGGGACAGCUCAGAGACACAGAUGAAGCUGCUUUCGAUGAAGUCUUCCAGAAAGUCAACUUCACGACUCACGUCUUCAAAAACAGAGUCAAGCUGGAGACGUAUAAUGAUGAGAGUCGUGUGAAGGUAACGGUUUUGGAAGUCCAACCCGUCGACCACAGGGAAUACUGCAGGAGACUCCUCAGUAACAUUCACAAAUUGUCGAGCUGAACUUGGUCCCAGUGAUCCAGAUGGCUGCAUGGUAAUUAAACGCGUCUUCGACUGGACCGUGACUGGUGUCCGACUCUUUCCACCUGCGAGAUAGCAGCAUAUCUGACUAAGGCAGCAGAGGGGCGUCCACUGAUUCAUCCCAACAAAUGGUAGCCAAACUAAAGUCUGAUAUUUGGUUUUUCACUGUCAUGUAAAUGACUCUUACCUUUAAUUAAACGCUUUUUACUUCGGUUUGGUUACAGAACAGCUUUUUAGACCUGCUUAUAUUUUUAUGUCUUAACAUAUACCAACGAAGAUCAGUGUUUUCUCUUUAAGUGUGUCAUCUCCUUGUUUUAAAAUUUCUGACAUAGAAGAGUUCAUUUAUUAUUGUUUUAUUGUGUUAUUUUAAUGAGAGUGAUAUUGUCAGACAUGUUUGAACUGUACUGCUGAGUGAGAAAUAUGAAGGUUUGUUUUCUUCGCUGUCAAAAAAAUAAAUGAGAGAAUUGUC